AUUAUAUGACAGUUACCAAGGAGAAAAAUCAACAAGAUCAAAAUGUUCCGAUAAAACGUCGAAAUUUCUGUCUUGCAUUUACUCUAAAGUAAAAUAAUACAUGAAACAAAGUAAACAUUAUCAAGUUCAAGUGAGGGAUAAAGUGUUAAGCCGAGAAGGAUUCGGCAGGAUGUGUGUAAGAUUCCAGAAAUAAAUUUGCAAACCAAACUUCAAUGAUGUUCGUCAAAGCUAUUUUGGCCUUAGCGUCAUAUUCCACUGUCUUUGGAUAUUUGCUACACUUGCCACAAUGUUCCGCCUGGAAUCGAGGACAGACCAAGUCAUUCUUUGAUGGUGCACUCUUUUACCGUCAAAAUUUUGCACUGAAAACAGACAUGUUAAGAAAAGUGAAAACUUUCGGGGAGAUUCAAUGCGCGCUUGUUUGUCUGUCCGAAAACGAUUGCGUCGCACAAACAUAUUGUACCGAUGCGUCAAAGGGAAAAAAUUACAAGGGGACAUGCUACUUACAUAAAAACGGCGUUAAAAAUGAACAGAACCGCGUUCGUCUCGUAAAAAGCAAGGGAUGCACCUUUCAGCAAUACAUGGAUUUGGAAGUCUCUUGCUCAAGAAAAUGCCAACAUGGAAUGAAGUGUUAUCACGACUAUGGUCGCAGGCGAUGCGAAAGCAGAUGUGAGCCGCCUUACACUGGAAUUUAUUGCAACCAACCUCAAGGGCAACUCUGGACCCACAUCAACUGCUGAAUAUGUGAACACGACACUACAGGGAGCAGUAACACUGGUUAAGGGGGUCCAGAUCUGGAGAGUGCCAUUCACUGGUCCUUAUAAGCUCACCGUCGCCGGGGCUUCGGGAGGAAACGCCACCUGCUCAUCAGGGGGAAAGGGUGCAAUUGCGGUAGGAGUGGUGCAACUGACGAAGGGAACUGUGCUGCACCUUUUAAUCGGUCAGAAAGGACUUCCAGGAGCUUCUGGUGCGGGAGGGGGUGGGGGCACUUUUGUAGUUUCUAAUAAAAACACGCUUUUGGGGGCAGCCGGCGGUGGCGGAGGUGGAGGUGGUCAAAUUCUCUCAGAAAACGGAGAUGACGGUCAAGCGGCCAAAAAUGGCAGUGUUUAUGGUGGUGUGAAUGGUCUGGGUGGAUCAGUGUGCGCUGGAGAGGACAAUAAUGCAGGGGGAGGAGCCGGAUUUAAGGGGAAUGGUACGUGCAGUCGCAAUGUAUCAUGUUCCUUAAGUCCUCACCCAUGCAAUGAAUCCGGGUUGGCCUAUGUAAAUGGUGGCCUGGGUGGAGAUGGAAAUGGUGUUGGGGGAUUCGGCGGAGGUGGGGCGGCAUAUAACGAUUUUGGAGGAGGCGGUGGUGGGUAUUCUGGAGGCGGAGUGAGUGCCACGUCGUAUGGUUCACGAGCAGGAGGGGGCGGAUCUUACUGGUCUGUAGGGCUUAAAGCUAGCAAUGAAACCAAUUCUGGCGACGGAUACGUACUGAUAGAAUCAAGAAUGGUUUAAAUUAAAAUAAAGCGAUUGAUAGGUUGAUCUUUUUUCUUUGUAACCACUUUCAUAAAUGGC